AGAAGGAGAGAGAGAUAGAGGCUUGGAUACUGAGUGACAGAGAAAGCACACACGAGAGAGUCGGACUGUUUAGAUGAGCGAGAGAACCAAGGAAGAAUAAGGAGCACGUUUUGUAGAAACAGAGAACAGGAUCGCAAACGAGAGACUUCAGGACAGAAGUGGUCUUUUUUGUAAUCACUUGUCUACAAACUGGAAGUCUGUGGAUUGGCUAACCAACCAGUGGAUUUUUAAAUAUACGCCUGUGCCACAUCAUUUACUGGGAUCUUUCUCUUUUAUCUGGGAUCCUGCUGACUCCACUGCUACAGACUGUGAUAGCUUUCUGUGUCUGUGCUAAGCCCUGGUGUUGUGAGACAAAGUGCAUCUGUUGGCAACUGGUACUGACGAUAUCUUCUUCUGUCAAACAGGACAGACAUCAUCAGAUCAGAGAAGGGAGAAAGUGUAUGUGUGCGUGAGUGUGUGUGUAAGAGGGGGAAAGACCGAAAGCGAGGGGCAGUGAGAGAGUGCGAUUAAAGCCAAGCCAAAGAACUGGAGUGAACAGCUUGAAUAGAGAAGAUAACCUAUACGUCCUUUCCCGUUUUUCCUUACCAUUCCUUUCCUCCUCUCCUCUUCCUUCCAUUUUCAACAUUCUUAGGACUGACAGAGCUACUGCCACCUGCACCUCCUUGCGUCUCCUCUUUCCUCUUUCUCCUCUACCUCACCCUAACUAUCCGAUCGUGAACACAUUGCUCUCGGUUCAGGCACUUUUGAAAAUAUUCCUUGUCCAUCAGUCAGUGGGCACCUGCCUGGUAGCAAGUCUCUGGAACAGCAAGGCAAAAGUCAUCAGGAGCUCCCUCAUCAGAGGCAGAUCUUCUCGGAAUCCCAGUCCGGCACACAAAUCCCGCCUUCUCCCCAGAGGACCAGCUUGCAACACACUCGUGCAGAUAGCAAAGCCUGGAAUUGCACAGCCCCAUCGUUGCCUCCACCACAUUUCUAGCUACUUGACAGCUCCCGCCCCCGUGUCACCAUUCCCUGCCUCAGUGCUAAGGAUUCCAGCUACAUGGGCAAGCGAUUGGAGCAGCAGCCAAUGUACCCUCAGUACACCUACUACUACCCCCACUAUCUCCAAACCAAGCAGCCCUAUGCUCCACCCCCUCAUCCAAUGGCUCCUCCCAGCCCCAGCACCAACAGCUGCAGCCAGGGAGGAGUGGAGCAGCUCAGUAAGACCAACCUGUAUAUUCGUGGUCUGCCACCUGGAACCACUGACCAGGACCUCAUCAAGCUUUGCCAACCGUAUGGGAAAAUAGUGUCAACCAAGGCCAUUCUUGACAAGAACACUAACCAGUGCAAAGGUUAUGGCUUUGUGGAUUUUGACAGUCCAGCUGCAGCACAGAAGGCAGUGUCGUCUCUCAAAGCCACUGGGGUGCAAGCCCAAAUGGCCAAGCAACAAGAGCAGGACCCCACCAACUUGUACAUCUCCAACCUGCCAGUGUCGAUGGAUGAACAGGAGCUCGAGAACAUGCUGAAGCCCCUGGGUCACGUCAUCUCUACAAGGAUACUUAGGGAUGCCAAUGGGGUCAGCAGAGGAGUCGGCUUCGCCAGGAUGGAGUCAACAGAGAAGUGUGAGGUCGUGAUACAGCAUUUCAAUGGCAAAUACCUAAAAACCCCACCAGGCAUUCCAGCCCCCACAGAGCCUUUGCUGUGCAAAUUUGCAGACGGAGGGCAGAAGAAACGCCAAAGCCAGAGCAAGUAUCCUCAGAAUGGGAGACCGUGGCACAGAGAAGGCGAGACUGGCAUGGCGUUAACAUACGAUCCUGCUGCAAUGCAGAAUGGUUUCUACUCCUCGCCUUACAGCAUUGCCACCAACCGCAUGAUCGCACAGACCUCCAUCACACCCUUCAUUGCUGCUUCCCCUGUUUCCACAUAUCAGGUCCAGAGUACGUCAUGGAUGCCUCAUCAACAAUAUGUUAUGCAACCAACAGGUGCAGUGAUCACGCCAGCCAUGGACCAUACUAUGUCCAUGCAGCCUGCCAGCAUGAUGGGCCCUCUCACCCAGCAGAUGAACCAUCUGUCCCUGGGCACUACAGGAAGUCCCUCGCAGUACAUGACUGCUGCUGCUGCCGCCGCUGCGCCUAUGCAAGGGACCUACAUUCCCCAGUACACUCCUGUGCCUCCAACAGCCGUCCCUGUCGAAGGAGUGGUGACAGAUGCCUCACCCCAGACGGUGGCUCCUUCAUCACAGGAGGUGGCUGGCCAGCAGCAACAGAUCCAGGUGGACAGUGCCGAUCAUGUUCCUGCUUACUCAUACCAGUCCAAAUAGCAACGGCCUGAGCGAAUGUUCCUGUGACAGCGUUGCCUUGAGACAGAGGGUGGCUGCACUGUGAAUGUGAGGAAAAGAAAGAGAUUACUUCCAGAUUGCCCAGGCACCAAAAAAGAGACAAUUUUUUUUCAUUUCCUACCUGGCCUACAAGAAAAAAAAAGUUAAGACUGAGGCAAAGAGUGCUGAGGAAAGGGGGGAUGUGGGGGAAAUUACUGGGCACAGUGCAAAGAAGUAAAUUGUUUUAGUCUGGGAACGAAACCUGCCGAAAGGACUGGGCUGAAGCUUGAGAAGUUUCUCAAAGAAAAUUCCCAACUAUCAAAAAAUAGAAAAGGCAAAAAAAUAAAAUAAAUAGAGAAAAUUAAAAAAAAGGUUGAAUGCGAUGGUAGGUGAUGACGUUUAUUUUCUAAUUAGAAAGGGGGAGUCAAAGUUUGAGAUACACAGAGAUUGUCUUCCUCAGAUAUUAAGCUACAGUUUCUUUUCAGUCUUUUUUAUGUUCUAGUGUUAAAGCUUAGUUUUCUAGAUGUAUUUCAAAAAACGUUUUGUUUUCUUUCUUGAAUCUUCAUGGCCUUAAUUUGAAGGGCGCCAGAAACUUUUUACAGAGUUAAAGUCUGACGUCUUGUUGGGAGGGUUAAAAAAAAGCAAACCGUCUCUUGGACCUCUAUGGGGAGGGGUUUAAAAUGCUGAAUAAGUUGCUCUAAAGAUGAAAAAAAGAAUCUAUCACAUAAGCUGUACAGAUUUAAUAGAGAAAAGCUUUUUUCUUUCCUUUCUUCAUUAGAAGAAAACUUUGAUAAUUAUUAUGUCAGAGGUAACUAAGUGUCAGAAGUAAACAAAAUGUCUGUUGUCGGGGUGGGAUGAGAGGGAGAUGCAUUGAAGAGAUUUUACACAAUGAGGAAAAACAGAAAACAUAAGAAGACACGUUGCACUGUGGGUGCAGUCUGUUGCAAAUGCUGAACUUGUUUUUUUAUUCUCAUUAUCAUUUUACAUGCCGCUGUCGAUGACAUUAGUGCUUUUUAUCGGCCACAUUUGACCUUUUUUAUGAGCUUUAAGAUGUUUUUAGCCCGCUUUGCUUGUCACACUGCAAAAAAAGAAAAAGAAAAAAAACAUAAAAUGCAAAAAAAAAAAGUGCAAAAAGUCUAAGAAAUCCUGGCAGUAGAUUCAGUAGGAGCUUAUGGUUUAAACCAAUCAGUGCAAAAGCAAUAGAAGAAAUUGUUGACAAUUUCUGUAGUCUUUCCUAGUUGUGGAUCAAAUGCAGCCCAUGGAUGGCCAUUUUUAUACCAAAGAUGAAGAGACACUCUGAACCAGAGUUUUGGUUUAGUUCUUUUUUUCCUUUUUUUCAUUUUUCAGUUUGAUUUUCCUGUUGUUAAUGUUGAUGUUGUUGAUGUUAAUGUUGUUGAUGCAGGUGUUGUUGUUGCAGUUGUCGUCAUUUGUUUGUUUGCUUCUCCUUUUUUUGGUUUGUUUUCUACCUUAAUGGCCGGACCAGUCCUACAAUCCUUCUCAACAUGUUCCUUUAUUCAGAGUCAGGAUCAUUUCUCAUGGUUGUCCAAUUUGUCUCUCUUUUCCUCACACAAAUACACACACACACACACACACGCUGAUAAUGUAAACCCACACAACACACCUACAACCUCAAAAAUCAUCAGACAGUAUUUAAAGGUGUGACACGUGUUUUUUGUUUUUUUGUCCUGUGGAGGUUUUGAUGCUUUGAGGGUGUGUUUCACCUCUCUCCCACAUCCUGCAAGAAAGACAUUAGAUUGAAGAGAGGAGGGAAAUUGCUGGAAGUGCUCUGAGGUGUUUCCUCUCUGUGGUUUCUGUUUGUCUUAAUCUUGUCCAUUUGACCAAUGUUAACGCAAACAUUUCUGAGCAAAAUAUGUUGCGUUGAGAAUCUGUUUGCUGCUUUUUUGUCUUGAUUACUAUAACAUCCCAACAUGCAGCUUUCUUUGUAUUUAAACAAGAUGAGUUGAAUUUGCUGCAUUUUUUUCAGGCAGGUAAGAACAUUAUACAACACAGGCUUUGUCGUAUCCAGAAAUGAUUGCAUAAACUUUUUGACACCGAAUGGCACUCUUCUGGCCUUCAUUUUUAUGGUUCUCAAAAGGUGUUUUGCUGCAGUUGCUCUAUCCUUAACGUCUUCAUACCUUAAUGCAACAGCAGCAAGGCACCAGUAGGAGGCUGGAGGAAAGGCAUUGACUGAAACCACUUUCUGUAUGUCUGAUUUUCUUUUUAAAAUCCUUUAAAAAGUUCCAUUCCUUCUUUGUUAUGCUUUAGUUUGCACUCCCUGUUUGGUUUCAAGUUUCAAAAUAACUUAGACAUCUUCAUAUAGAACGUAGCAGCAAGAAUUUCAGUUAAUCAGAUCUUUCAACAGCUGCACAAAAUCUCUGCUCAUGUAGCCAGGUAAUGCUAAAUUUGGUUGACAUCUGUUACACCUUAUAGGAUUUUUCAAUUUGUUUGCUUUCCUGUGAAGUCACCAGCUGUCAGGCAUCUCAAUUCAGGGAAGACUUAUUUUCAUCUAAACAUGUAAAUGGAUUUCAAAAUGGAAAAGUGAAACGACCCUGACAUGGCAAUGUCUAUUGAUGUCUAAGUGUUGUUUAGUUGUGAAGUAGGCUUGUGGCGCUGAAAGUGAGGCUUUUUUUUUAGGGUUAACUUGAGAACAACAUAUGAGCUAGGCAUGGUUAGCAUAGCAUAGCAUAUUUUUAUUGGCUAAAAACAUUCUGCCCCUCAUAAAGAUGUGUAAAACAUUUUUUUUUUUAUUAAUCAUUUAUUGCAAUAGCAAAACUUCAUUAAGAAUUAAAAAAAAGUAAAAUUUAUUUUGAGUACAUUUAUUUAGUAGGGAAAACUUUGGACGUUAACAAAAACAACCUCACCAGUAUCACCAUUACUGUUGUGGCACCCAGAGCAACCCCUGUAAAAUACGUUUAACAGAUUUUGUAUGAUUAUCCACUCUUUAAUGUAUCAGGGUAUCUAGUGAGUUUGAUUUACUAAUCCACAAAUUCUGUCUCCCUGGGAUACAAAUAUGGCAAAGAAGCCAAUUUCUCUUACCUAUUACUUAAAAUGGGAAGGACAUGAGAACACAAAACAUUAGAUGUUUGUCGCUCUUCACAAAAUAGUUUGCUACCUAAACAUGCCCUAAUGUUACGUCAGAGCACCUAUUAAAACAUCUAAAGCCACGCACAGUCAGGAGGAUGGGAGGUAAAUACAGACUGUUAGUGGCAUCUUGUGGUCACCAAGUCUGCAAAACAGUUUUUUUAAAGGUAUGCCAAUAAUUGUAGAGGAUGUUGUAAGGACAGUAACUGGCUGACCUGAAAAAGCCAUAAAAAUGUACAUUUGGAAGAUAAAGUUAAGGUUAAAUAUGGUCUUUAAAACACCAGCAUUUAUCACAGAGCAUUAUUUUGACACCAGAUUCUAUCCACUCAAAGAUAUUGAAGCCAUAUAUAUUUCUGGAUUCUAUAAAAAAUGUAUAAAAUUUAGCUUUGGAAAUGUUGCUGACAAAUGUUUAGACAAUGCACUUAAUAGCUGCAAAUGGGAGACAAAAUAGAUGAUUAAUUUGUACAGAAUUAUAAACUAGCACAUGCUUUUCAUCUGUCUGCUUAUUGAUUUAACUGCAAACACAUGAAGUUUAUGACCUACCAAUGUUUUAUUUAGUCUUUUACAAAAAGCUGUAAAACUGCUACUGUGCAGUACGGGACUGUAACCAGUCCAAAAAUAAAAUAAUUGAGCAGAGAAAAGGCUGGUUAAAACCAAGCAAUGGUGUCUCAUUGCCAUCAGUUCUCCACCAUCACUGUGACACUAACAAGCCACCAUAGAAGUGUGUUUAAAGCCAAAAAAAGGACAAAUUGUUCUGAACACCUUUCUGAUUAUGGGCCCACUAUGGCAGAUCUGUGGGUACUAAGUGCGCUCCUCACCAGCCAUAUCAAGUCAUUGAUGGCAGCUCCUCGCUCGCCCUCUACUCUGAGUGCCCGUUACACCCCUUGUUAUCCCAUCAGGUUGCACAAACAACCCCCUUUCCUCUGAUCCUGUCUUUCCAUUCCUGAGCAGCAUGAGGCUUGCAGUGACUUCACAUCUGUGGACUGUCCCCAAGAAAAUUGUCUGUGGGAGAACAGCAAUUUCUGCCCACAUUACAUCAGCCUGUUGGUGUUUUUAGUGUUCACCCUCCUACUUUACCACAGCUGUGGUGCAGCAGCUCUAAAAAAUGACAACUGGCACAGUUUAUGUGCCAUGGCCAGGCCAGGCUCCUUUCUGCUCUGAUUUUCCAUCCCUACCUUCUUGUUUGCCUUCUCCCUCUCAAAGUUUGUAUUUGAGGUUUCUCAUCUUUAUUAGGUGGUGCAAAAGCAGAACCACAAACCAAUUUCAGUCACUCUUGCAAUGAGCCUUGACGGGCCCAAUUUGUCUCCCUCUGGGUCUAUAGGAUCCACUUCAAUGUCCCUCAAAAGAAUUGUUUUUCUCCUGAAAGAGAAAGAGAGGAGGAUGAGCAUUUUGUUUGGUCACAAUUGCAAAUGAGGUCUCAUGUUUCAUUGUUCAGUUCUACUGAUGGCCUGCAGAUUGCAGACAAGCUAUGUCAUCAUGCAUGGUUAUGUAUAUAAGUAACAAUCAAAUUGAACAUUUAGUGCCUUUUAACAAAUCUUCCAGAUGAUUCCAUGUUCUCUCAGUAGUAAAGCACAUGGAAGAGCUUGUGGAAGAACUUAUAGAGUCUGCUUAAUGGUGCUAAAGAUGAAGCUGUGCUGUUUGAUCUGCAUGGGAUUGUUGGACCUCAAACUAACUCUGUUAACUUGAGAUUGCGCAAAUGAAGCUGGGCCACAGGUGCAUGCUUAAAGCCAUAAUAUAAUUUUAUUUUUUCUGUGGUCCAACAAUUUUUGUCUUCCAUCUGCAAAACCAGAGGUCAUAUCAAACUAUCCGUUUGAUAUGACAUCCAGGUCAAACAUCCAGGUCAGUUUGCCCCUUUGCCUAUUUAAAAUUAUAUUUUGUUCCCAUGUGUUGCCAAUUGGCCCCUACCUACAUGCAUUCUGACUAGUAGACAAACUAUUUCAUAACCGUGUUCUUAAACUAUUGCGUAUCAGUUUAUUUUUCUUGGCAGAGAAAUAUUUUCAUGAUAAAUGAAAAGAAAAGUAAUUAUAAAAAUGCUCAGACCUCACAUUUCAUAGAAUCUAUCAUUUAUUUUUCAAUGUUUAUUUUAUUACAGCAUCAUUCUGAUGAUAGAGGUUAUUUAUUGCAGGCAUAUAACCACAUUUCCUUAGAGUAGACUAUGAGUUGGUCAGAAAAAAGUGCUGUAAUCUGUUCUCAAAGUGGAAAUUGAAGGUUGCUAAAGCAGGUAUAAAUUACCUCAUUGUAAUAAAAUUGGUAAUAAAUGAAAUGUCAAAUGAACCAAAACUACAAAAGCAAAGAAUUCUGUAGUGGCAAGAUAACAGAGCAACCAAUUGUGACCAUCAAACAGUAACCAGCUGUUCUUUCCCUUCUUCUAGUCUGCCACUCUACUUCUGCCUAAAAUUAGCUCUCAUCUCCUACUGAAUAUCUUCUCCCGUGUUUUGUCUUUAACAGGUAAUACUGGUCCUUAGGGCUUGACUGAUGCACAAACUCUGCUCUUCUCUACUAGUGUCACAUUAAAGCAGAGAUGAUUUUCUAUACCAGUUGUAA